UGUCAAAAGACCCGGUACUUCGGUACCAAGUCGGUACUAAAACAAUUAAAAAGUUAUGGUACCACGUUUUCUUAAGUACUGGUGGUACCGAGUACCCAGUCAACCCGGUUCUUGAUGCGCUAUCCGAAAGAUGCACUCUCUUCAUUAAAGCACUGAGACAUGGCGACCGGUGGUGCUGCUGAUACAGUGGCUCUGAAUCCACUUGUUGACAGGAAAGGAGGAAAAAGCCAUGUAUGGAAAUAUUUUGGAUUUGCGACUGAUGACCAGGGGAACAUCAUAGAUCAACAAAAACCAAUUUGCAAACGAUGUCAUCGAAGUUUUCUCUCAAAAGGAGGAAACACAUCCAACUUAAUAAAACACCUCAAAGACCGACACCCAGAUCUAAUGAAAGAGUUCAAGCAGCUGCAGGCAGAAGAAGAUAAUGAAACACCCCAGCAAACACUGAAACAGACAACAGUUACAGAUGCUUUUCAGCGUCAGCAGAAAUACGAAAAAAACUCACCUGAGGCAAGAAGACUGAACCGAGCUGUUGCUGAAUUCAUAUGUAUGGAUCAAGUGCCUGUUUAUACUGUUGAAAAAUGUGGAUUCCAACAAAUGCUUCAUCACUUCAACCCAAAAUACCAGCUUCCAAGCUGAAACUUUUUUUAUGUACACUGAGAUUCCCCGCAUCUACAAUGACACCAGAGACCUCAUAAUCCAGCAUCUCGGAGA